UUCUCUUUUAUUAUUUUGUUAAUUUUUGUCUUACGUAGAAAUUAUAUACUUUCAGCAAUAAUUUAGAUGCAUUGCCGGAAUGGAUGACUGAAUUGCCAGCACUGCGCGUUCUUUUCGCAUCGCACAACGCACUAACGGCUCUACCGGAUAGAUUGCUGUCACAGCCAUCGAGACUGGAAGUUCUUCAUUUGCCUCACAACCGAUUACAAGCCCUACCACCGCCCAGAAGGCCAUUGAACAUCGUUCAUUUGACUCUUCAGGGCAAUAUGUUAACCACGCUACCGACUAGCUUUUUCACCAAUACUGAAAAAAUGAAAGUUUUGAACCUCUCCAACAAUCGGCUCUCCGAACUACCGUAUCGCGAGGAAGCCGGCAGGAGCCAUCAGGGAUCGCAUACCUUGGAGAAAUUAUAUGUCACGGCGAAUUGCCUGACCGAUACCGCCCUAGACGCUCUCGCAAAGUUCACAUCCCUGAGAAUUCUUCAUAUUGCUUACAACACCCUAGAUACGUUACCGGAAAGGUGAGCAUAUACCUAUUUUAUGCGAAGGGAAAAACAACGAUUUAAUCCCAUAUUGAGAUACAAUAAAAUACAAAACGUGUAAUAAAAAAAUUUAUUUUUCAGUAAACUAUCG